CGCCUCAAGACGUUAGAACGAACCAAGACAAGAACUUGGAAUGACUUACGUAUGAGUUCGUAUCAACGGUUAAAAAGUUACGCUCUUUGUUCCCGAUGAAGCGCGAUAAAGGGAUUCUAUUAUUGCUUUAGCCUAGCGGUUAAACCUGACCGCUAGAAAGCCCCAAUGCCGGGCAAACUGCGCCGACAUACUUAUGAUCUAGUCGAGGAAACUUACGAUAGCAAGGUUCCUGUUCACAACGAAGCGGCUUUUGAACAUGGAAUUCGCUUUCAAGUCAAGUAUAUUGGAACUAGAGAGAUCCCUAAGCCGUCGAGUAGAGCUGAGAUCGUCGCGUCAAUGCGUAGAAUUAGGUAUGACAACAAGAUUCAGGGAACAAAGAAGCAAGUGGCAACAAUUGUGGUUGGGCUUGAAGGUUUGAAGGUCAUACGGCAGAAACCCAAGGGAAAUAUUUUUCAGAAAAGAAAAAUGAAAGAGUUUGUGGAGGUUGAGCUGUCRAGUUAUCCAAUUCACAAGAUUUUUUACGUAUCUCAUGACUCCCAAGACCUUCAGAUUUUCAGUUACAUUGCUAAAGAUGACGAUCAGUUCAAGUGCAGUGUUUUCAAAGCAAUUAGCAAGGCUGAAGCAGUUCAUGUGGUUCGAACAGUUGGACAAGCAUUUGAAGUUUGUCACAAACGAAGUUCUACUCAACAAAAUGAAAGCGAUGUAGAGAAAGCUGCCGAAGACAAAGAAAAUCAUAACGAAGUACAAGGUGACAAACACGGUGAUAAUACAGCCAGUGAUAAAAACGAUGCUAAAUCUACUGAGGAUAGCUCUGAACAACAAACUACUUCUCCCGAGACGACGUUGAAUUCAAGCUGGCUCACUGACAAUAAAGACAUCAAUCUUGACUCUGCUGUAGGGCUAACAUUGGAACAACUUCGUCAUAUUUACCACUUGAAAGUAGCUCACUUUAAACAAGAAGCUGAAGCAGCCAUGAUGAACGCUAAGCUUGUGACAGAUAAACUUGCCGCAGAAACAACCGCAAGGACGGAAGCACAGAGACAACUGGAAGCUGUUUUGAAACAAAACAAGGAACUCAUUUCUACUGUGCAACAACUCGUCGCACAAGUUCACGCUCUCCAUUCACAACGACACACUCUUUCUACGUCACAUGGUUUACGACUCAGUUCCAGUACCUCAUCGUCCAUGUCAUCGACUCCGACUUUGACACCGAAGCACUUGCCUUCAG